AUGGCAUCAGUGGUUACCGCUGGGAGCUCGUCUGGUUCCGGAAGCAAACAAAUUCCUUUGCACUGCACCGUUUGCCCUGAGACGCCACGCUUCUCUGAUGUGUCACACUUGCUCACCCACAUUGCCUCCAAAGGCCAUCUUCAUCAUGAAACCCAAACAAAGCUGAAGGCUCAUCAAGACGUUGCGGCCUCUCAACCCAAGAGGAAAAUUAAGCGGACUGAAUCCGAUACACUCGUGAAGAACGAACGUGAAGACUUUCCUCCAGACUUCCCCAUGUUUCCGGGAUUCUAUCCAUCGGACAAUGAAAACGAGGUCCAAGACGACUAUUUCGGAGCGGGAGAUAUGAUGGCGCUGAAAGGUCAGGUAUGGCCAGGGAUGGGCAAAAUGGAUUUGGCAAAUGAGGAUAUGAAACGCACUCGCAAUCAAAGAAAGCCCAAGUCAGUCAUUGAGAAAAUGAGAAGAACAUCAGAAGGCAUUGAGCCAACACAAGUCGUCAUGACGGCCGAGUUUGAAGUGGAAAUAAUCAAGGAUGUUUAUGACAGCUCUUCGCCAGUGCCGGAUCAAGAAGACGCGACUCCUGUCAAAAAGACUGCGAAACCUCGCCGAAAGCGCGGAGAGCCACUUGCUGAAAUCUCUGCCAACAUUCCCCGAGGCGGAAAUCGCCGUCUCACACGCGACAAUGCUGGCCACGGAAAGAGUUCCAAACCGCUUCUAGCAUUCAGCCGAACUCCAAGCUCUGAUAUCACGCCAACUCUUGGGCAGUUCAAGCGUUCUCAUGAUAUUUUUCGGGACGAUGACAAGAUUCCCAGUUUGAACCCGAUAGCGCACUCGAAUAUUGUGUCUCCAACACCUGGAUCCAGAGAUAUCCCUGACCGAGGGUUUUCGACACGAGACCUCCAUAGAGGUAGGGGCCAGGAGCAAGCCUAUCUCAACAUGAACGGACAUGUGGGACUAGGCUCACUCAACCAUUCGGAUCUAUCUUUUGCCUUGAAUGGAUCGUCAAUCUAUAAUAAUCCGCCGCGGUUUCCUUUCGCUGCAAGCAACCAUUUCAACACUCUUACUCAUGACCACUUUCGCCUUCCUUCAGGCCACACUACCCAGCAUAAAUUUGACGAUUAUGCAAGCACCAGUGCUAACGAAGGAAGCACGGUAGCAAACCACUACCUUGACAUACCAAAUACCAAUCCUUUGUUUUCACAGGAUCGCGUCUUCCUUGGUUCAUGUGGCCAAUCGGGUCCAGCGUCAAGCCUGUCUCCGUUGAGAUUUACGUCGAUUAAUCAUAAUCAAGAAGCCUCUCAUUCAAUGCGCCAAAACCAGCCUCCCGCCAACAUCAAACUCGAGCCACCCCAGCUUUGCGACGUCCUAGAUGAUGCGAGCAUUGAUGAUGAAAAAGAGUCACGAUUUCCUGGACAAGGUAUUUGGGAGUCGCAAGGAUCUGACAACGGCAUCGACAUCCACGAGGAUCUCCGACACGAUGAAUUGGAGCUCUGA